UUAUUAUAUGUAAGGGAAGGUGAAUGUUUUGUUAAGAUUUUUGAGUUCAUCUUUUAGGUAUCAAUCAGCAUUUAUGAUAUUGCUUUGUUAUUUGAAAUAUGUAAAAGAGUAUAAUGUCACCACAUGAUUUUUAUGUCACCAAUUCUACUUAUGUCACCACAAGAAGUGUUGACAUAUUUUUGUAGUCUCCAACUUUUUGUGGUCGGUGUUUGGUAGUAUUUAUUCGACGGUCGCCAAUCGACAUCUGCAACAAAUGACAGGUGGUGACAUUUACGUGUUAACGUCAUGUUUAUUCUUUGAAAAUGAUUAUAUGAUUAAGAAUUAAUUUGUGCAGUCCAGAUUAAAAUGCUGUAAAUAAUGUAAAAUAUAUAAAAGUAUGAUUAUUAUGUUGUAUAUAAAUCACAAUGUAUGUAAUGGUUAUAUAUGUAUGUAAAUAACAUAGCCCUGCAUAAGAUAGGCUAAAAGAAAUGAAUUAUCACCUAGAAGACAUGUCUAACCAACGGGAUCAUCGAUCUAUCCGAUUUAUCAUAGCUUGUUUGAUCUACCAAACGUGUGUAAAAUGUGUAAACCAUUUUCAAGUCCAUUAGAUUCUGUUGAAGUCCUGGGGUUGAAGUAAUGUAAAUAAUGUACAUGCAUGCUAGAAUGUUAGGGCAAGUGCAAAAUAAAUGAUAUUGUUUAUAAUAUUAGGUAAUAUGGGAGUUGUUUAUGAACUAUGGUCAAAUCAAAUCAAGUUAAAAUGACAGCAAAGGGCUAACCGCACCAGAGUACUAUCUAUAUCCCCUUUGGCUUCGAUUUUAAUUUGACUUAGAUGUUGACCCAAAGAUUAACUUUUUGACAUAUUUCUGAGGUCAUAUCCUUCUCAUUUUGACGCAAUAAAAGCUGUUUAGGAGGGUACACUUACUAUAAAGGACAUCAUGAAAAUCAAGGUGAAUUUCAUCCAAAAUACUUCAGAGUUGGUGAGUAAACAUAACUUUGAAGGAUCUUACCAAUGGUAUAUCACACUAGGUACCAUCUAUUAAGGUUUUAGCUGUAGCAGGGGGACGGGACUUAUUUGACACCCUGUAUAAUCUAGCUGAAAGUAGGAUAUGGCUACUCUGAUAGAAUAGUAUAUAAAUUCAGCUUUUGGAGGGCCUCUUUCCUAAUUAUAAGAGAGGUUGAGAGCGGUGGCGCUGGACAAAGCAGUGAUAACAUGAUUGUUUUAAUUCUAGAAUAUAAGCCUAUAUAUAAAUGCAUUAUUUUGGCUAUAUAUAUAGUUACCAUGCAUUUUAUGUCCCCACCAGACAUGGACGGUGUUCAGCAGUUGGUUUUCGACGGUCGGCGUCUGUAGCAAAUGUCAGGUGGUGACAUUUUGCAUAUUGAUUGAUUGGGAGAUUUAAAACAUUUCCCACUUUGAAAGUGUAAAUUCUUCAUAAAUUCACCAAUUCAAAUUAUUUAUAUAUCCCGGAUCUUUUGGGAAAUAUUGUAUUUGAGAUUGUAGGGAAUAGAUCGGUAUGACAUUGAUACACGUCGCUUGCAUUUGGGAUUGUAUGAAAUACAUCGGUAGGAAAAUGAUACACCUUGCUUCCACUGUUGUCACUCCCUAUCCUGAUUCUACCUUUUGCCAUUAACUUUACCAGCGCCUCUAAAAACGUGUGAUUACAUAUGACGACGUUGAAGGGAAAUGACAUACGACAGUCUAUGAUAGCUGGUUAGAAGAUAAACUUAAAUAAAGGACAUUCGUAAAAAAUAUUAUAACAAUUGGUUAUAAAUCUGAAAAACUUCGAUAAUAAGUAGAACGCUUAAUUAUAAACAAAAAGAAGUAACAAAUAACUUAAUGAACCAACGAUUAUAAGGAAAAACAUUAUCGAAAUCAACACAACAAAACUGAACGUCACUUACAAUCACAGAGAAAAUAAUUAAAGCGCAUUGAUCAAAAUCAUGGUGUACAUUGACGAAGAUAAUGUCACACAACAGGCAUUCGAUAAUGUCACGUUCAAAUCGAAGGAACUGAUCAUUGUUGGGGAGAACAUAUGGCGAUAUGGAGCGCCGAUUCUUAUGGCGAUAGGGACAUUCGGAAACGUUUGUUCGGUGAUUGUGCUAUCCAGGAAAAGAAUGAGAAAAAUAACAAUGAAUUUGUUUUUACUGGCUCUGGCUAUAGUUGACAUAUCAAUGUUGUGGACUGGACUGCUAAGAAAAUGGAUCGAUGUCUUACUAGAUGUUGACUUCAGAAUCCUUAGCGGGACAUCAUGUAAAUUUCACAUUUUUAUUCAGUACACACUGAGGUAUUUGUCGUCGUGGAUCGUGAUGAUGGUUUCCAUUGAGAGAUUCAUCGCCGUAUUUUUUCCGCUGAGGGUGAAGCUUGUUUGUAAAAGGCUGACAUUCCUGAUUGCGUUAUCCACUGUAGUUGUAGCCCUGGUCGGAUUGAACUUGCAUUUCUUCUGGACAUUUGAUCUAGUAGAAAAGGAUGGUACUUUAAAAUGUGAGACCAAAGCUGACUAUGUUUCUUAUAGACGUCUUUGGUCGUGGGUGAAUGCAAUGUUUGCAUCCGUGAUUCCGAGUUUCGUUAUGUUUAUAUCAAGUUCUUUGAUCAUUGGUAAACUAGUUCUUCGUCGAUGUAAUACGACGACUGUUACAAACGGUGCUUCGAAACUCGCAAGCACGAUAUCUAUUUUGAUUUUGUGUAAUUUAUUUCUUUUACUUAUCCUCCCCUCUGUAAUUUACCAAAUACGUAGACCCAUGGUGUACCCCCCCCCCCGUGUAUUCUCAGAUUACAUGUUAAUGGGGGUCAUUUUUAACUUUUUACACUAUAUGAAUAACGUCACAAACUUUUUCAUAUACUGUGUUGCAAGCAAAAGGUUUAGACGGGAACUCGUCUCAAUUUUCAAGGCAUAACAAUAAUGCAAAUUGUCACCACCACACGGUGGCGCCCUCGGACUUGAAUCCGAUCAGUUGCUCUCAACGUCGAGUGUUCGCCUUGUUUUCAACACCAUAUAGAUGUAAAUAAUGAUUUUAUGUGUGAUAUGAGCUGUUGUAAUUCGCUUGAUCAUUUAGACCAGGGAAAUUUAGACCUAGGAAAUGCC